AUGAGCUCCUUAGCUAUGGAGUUCGAUUUUGAUAUUAGCAAUGAUUUAGUUAUGGUAUUUGAGAUUUCAAGGCAUGGAGCGAGGAACGGUAAAGGCAUGGAUCCUUUCUAGACUUAGUGGGAUUAAGGAGAGUUGACAAAUGUGGGAAGGCGUUAACACUACAUAAUGGGGCAAUAAAUCAGAUAGCGAUAUGUUAAUCAAGCUAAAAUUUUAAGCCCUUACUACUCACCAUCUCAAAUAUACAUUAAGACAACGAAUGAUAAUGAAACAAUCGAAAGCGCAUAUUCCUAGCUAAUGGGGCUUUACCCAUUAGGAAGCAAUAAAUAUCACUUACAGCCGAACACUUCUCAAGAAGCAACCCCAUAAUUUAAUGUCUCAAAUGACAUUCAGUAAAAGUCAAUGGUAGAUCUUCAAGACAAAGCUUUACCUUAUGAUUUUAUGCCAUUUAAGAUCCUUGCUACUUAACCCUUGAAUGAUGCAUUUAUGAUGACCAAGCAGUGUGAAUUCGUAAGGACAGAGAUGGAGAACAUUAAAAGUUCCCAAGAGAUUUUCAAUAAUUUAGAUUCAAAGUAUUCCACUACUUUGUAUAGUCUAGCAGAAUCAAUAUUUCGAGACCCAUCUAAUUUUAGAUCAAGUGAAGCAGUUAAGUUUAUUGAUAGUUUGUAUGCUAGAUACUAUGAUAAGUAGGAAAUGUAUGGUUAGUUUACACCUGAGUUGGUUCAUGAUAUGAUGGUAAUGUACUAUGAUUAUAUGAAUUAGACUAUUACUAAAAAUCCCACGGUACUUAAAGCUCUACUCACACAGACCUUUAAUAAGAUUAUCUAAAAGUUUACUAAAUAAAUUGAAAAAGAAAACGGAAAGAAAAUUAGCAAAGCCGACUAGCACAAAUUUUUUAUGUAUAUUGAUCAUGAUGAUGUGCUCAUGCACUUCAGUAAUCUAUAUAAUCACAUGCUGUUUCAUCCAGAAGAAGUAAGAUAUGUUCCCUAUGCUUCGGUUAUUCUGCUUGAAUUGCAUAGAUUAUCAGAUGGAAAGUACUAUGUAAAUGCAAGUAUCAAUGGCCAGCCUGUUGCCUAGCCAGGACCUUGCAACGAUCAAUAUUUCUGUGAGAUACAUUUAUUUGAAGACUUAGCUAGAUAGUAUUCCUAUUAUGAUGACUCUAAUGGCUAUGAAAAAGUAUGCGGCCUUACUCCUGAAAGUAAGUAUUAAAUAAAGAUGUCGGCAUGGAACUAAAGCUAUUAGUAUGCAGCAGGAAUAUUAAGGAAAAAAGUUAAUCCUUAUAUGAGAAUUUUGGAAUUGUACGCAGUUCUUAUGCUUAUCAUUAUACUUGCUUGGAUAAUCUAUGCUAAUCUAAGAGGCAGAGAUCAUCAUCAAAAUCCAUUUCACCCUUAGGAGCAAAAUGUAGAGAUGACAUGA